AUGGAACUAGAACGUUUACCAAAUGCAACUAUCUCUCCUUUGAUGAAAGUUCGACCAACAGAAUCAAGCAAUCGGUAGGUUUUUUUAGUAAAUGCCACAUGAGGGAUAUGGGUUGUUGGAGUAAAAUGAGGGGUAAUUUUGCAAUGUUACUCAGGGUUCAAUUUUCAUUUUUCACGAACCCAAUUUCAUAGAAAUUGAUCAACAUCAUGAAUCAAAAGUCUCUCAAAUUGAUAAAAAUAUACAAUAAUAAAUUCAGUUCUUUGUAAAUGUGAUGAAGGAUCAUAUAUUCUGAAGAUAUUGUUGUUAGAUUGUACUUAAAAACGAUUAUAAUUCCACCCAAAAUUCUAUUUCUUUGCGAGUUUGUGAUGUACAUUAUAUAUUUGAAAAUUGCAGUGCUUCCACUUUUUAACUUCCAUUUAGAGAAAAUUCCUUAAAAUUUACCUAAAAUAAAAAAAUUAAUUCACGAACCAUUUUUUCAGAAUUAAUUCGAACCCUGUUAUUGCAUAAUGAUGUGCAUGGUAUCAGAAGUCCUGUUGUAUUAAAGUUGCGUUAGUCAUUUAGAUAAGAAAAUAUUUUUUUAUAUAUUUUCAGAAAGGAUUUAGAGGUUCAAAUAUUGAAUGAGGACAUUAAAAAUCUUAAAUGUGAAGCGACCAAAAUUAAAAAGAAAUUGGAGUUACUCAAUCAUGAAAUCAUGGUGCCGACAGAAGCAGUGGCACUCAAAUGGAGUCUGCAGAAGCUGAACCAUUAUAACGGCCAUACGAUAAGUGAUAUGAAAUUGUUUAUUAGAUCAAGUGAUUCUAUCGCCAAAGUUGUGGACAGUGUUGUCCUCAAGAAGCUGUUUACAACUGAUGAGAUUUUGAACUGCUCUAUAACCAGCAAAAGAAGUACAAAAAGUAGUGACGAAGGGCCGCAUCCUGCAUUAGACCAGGAAAGAUUUAAUGUAUUUAUGGACAUAAUUUUAUCUAGUUGCGAGGCCUCCAGGAAAGAAAUUGUGGACAACCCACAAAAAGCACAAAACUUCACAACAGUGACAAUCAAUACAGCUUAUAUACUGUGCAGAACUUUGCGCAUAAUAUACGUAUAA